CCCGGCGCUACUUGUCGUACACCAUUUAACCAGAACGGAGCAUGCGCUGUUGGCUGUCCCCUACCAACUUAAAAGAUCGGUAUCCUGCGGUAAAAAGCAAAUUAUUGUUUUACAAUUUACAGAGGUUAUGAUCAAUCAUCAUGCCAUGUGCAGAAGCAUAAAGUGAAAAUGACGUGAAUUUUAAACACGAAAUUGAUGAACGAAAAUGGAAGUACUACGAAUGUUACUUGACUUUGGGUUGGAUUAUAAAUUCCUCCUGGGUUUGGGAAUAGGAUUUAGUUACAGUAUAUUCAAGUUGCUACAAAACAGCUCUAGCAGUAAGUCUGAUUUGGACGAACAACAUAACGUGAUAUUUAGCGAUGCUGAUAGUAACUACAAGCUGGUAUUGGUUAUCAGAACUGACUUGAAAAUGGGCAAGGGGAAAGUCGCAGCACAGUGUUCUCACGCAGCUGUCGCAGCUUAUAAAUUAGCCACAAAGCACCCACAAAUUCUCAGGGAAUGGGAUGAUUGCGGCCAAGCUAAAAUAACAUUGAAGGUGGACAGUGAAGUAGCUUUACUUGAAAUAGCGAAGCAUGCCAAGGCAAUAGGUCUUCUAUCUAACGUAGUCAGAGAUGCAGGUCGAACUCAGAUAGCAUCUGGUAGCAGAACUGUUUGUGGGAUUGGUCCAGGUCCUGAAGAAUUAAUAGAUCAGCAUAUGGAAAAAAGUGUUGAAUACUGACUGAAUGUCUUCUUCGAGAGCUGUUUCAUAUUUUCAACACAGCAGUAACAUGUUACAUUCAUUUGUACAAUACUAAACUAUCAGUCAUUCAAUACUGUUGCCCCGUACAAU